UAGUAGAGCUAGCUUGUUGUUGUUGUGGUGUGUGAGGAGAAGAUUUGAGGCUCUGCAGUAAAAACGUCUUCACUUCAGUCUCUGGGAGAGUUGAUCAGCUAAAGCGACUAACUGCUGCUGCUGCAGAAAUCUUCUCACCAGGCUGUGGAAACUUUCUUCUCCUCCUCAACAACUUGGUGGAGUUCUUUCCAGAAGCAGAGAAGCUAUUCUGCGGUCUUCGUGACAAUCGGAGCUCCAGAAGCAGGUGAUGGAUUGAAGAGGUUCCCUCUAUCAGACUCGCUCAUCUGAGUUGGUCAUGAUGCAGGAUCGCUGCUCGCUCUCUCAUCCAUCCUGCUCACACUCUCCGACGGAAAAGGCCCGAAUCUGAAUGUGACUCUGGAGGAAAAAGCGGUUAGCUCUACUCCGUGAACUCUGCUGUUAGCUAAACACGGCUAAAGAAAACCUGCUACCACUUCAGGAUCAUCCAUCAGCUGGGACUGCUUCAUCAGCAUGGACACAGAUGUUAAACAGGUGGUGCUGGUUAAAGAAGAAGCUCCUGAUGAGGACCAGCAGGACCCAGAACACCUCCACAUAAAGGAGGAACAGGAGGAACUCUGGACUAGUCUGGAGGGAGAGCAGCUCCAUCUGAAGGAGGAGACUGAUGCUGCCAGGUUUCCAUUCUCUGUAGUUACUGUAAAGAGUGAGGAUGAUGAAGAGAAACCUCUGAUCUCACAGCUUCAUCAGCAGCAGAUAGAAGACAGAGAUGUUCCAACCAGCAGCUCAGCUGACCAGAUGACAGCAGAAACUGGUGGAGGAGCAGAGAGUAGCAGGAACGCUGAUCUGAACCUUCAUGAACAGACAUCUGAUUCUUCAGAGACUGAAGUUAGUGGAGAUGAUGAAGAGGAUGAUGAAGUGAAUGUAGAAUUUGAGCAGUCAGACUCUGGGUCUGAAACUGGAGACGAAGACUGUGACUGCACUAAGAACAGGCCUUCCGAGUCACAUAUUAGGACUGUCAACAAAUCCUUUAACUGUCCGGAGUGUAGUAAACAUGCGAGAGUGACAGGUCAUUCACCGAAAAUGUCUUCAAGUUGUUUGGUUAAAAAGAAAUUUGUCAGAGUGAAGCAACAUGUAGACUCAUGCAGGAAGUUCCAGAAAGAGCUAAAAUCAUUUAGUUGUGAUGACUGUGGAAAACAAUUUAGUGUAAAUUCAAAUUUAAACAGUCACAUGAGAGUCCACACAGGACAGAAGGCUUUUGUCUGUGAGGUCUGUGGUCAGAGCUUUAGACAAAAGUCAAAUUUAAACAGUCACAUGAGGGUCCACACAGGACAGAAGCCUUUUGUCUGUGAGCUCUGUGGUCAAAGAUUUAGGAUAAAGGUUACUUUAAGCAAUCACAUGAGAGUUCACACAGGACAGAAGCCUUUUGCCUGUGAGCUCUGUGGUCAAAGAUUCACACACAAGGGACAUUUAAACAGUCACAUGAGAGUCCACACAGGACAGAAGCCUUUUGCCUGCGAGCUCUGUGGUCAAAGAUUUGACCGUAAGAACACUUUAAACAUUCACAUGAGAGUUCACACAGGACAGAAGCCUUUCGCCUGUGAGCUCUGUGAUCAAAGAUUUAGCCAAAAGUCAAAUUUAAACAGUCACAUGAUGGUCCACACAGGACAGAAGCCUUUUGUCUGUGAGCUCUGUGGAAAAAGAUUUAGCCGUAAAGAAACUUUGAAACUACACAUAAGAGUCCACACAGGAGAGAAACCUUUUGCCUGUGAGCUCUGUGGUCAAAGAUUUAGAAGAAAGAUUUCUUUAAGCAAUCACAUGAGAGUUCACACAGUACAGAAGCCUUUUGCCUGUGAGCUCUGUGGUCAAAGAUUUAGCAAAAGGAUUGCUUUAAACAGUCACAUAAUAGUCCACACAGGGCACAAGCCUUUUACCUGUGAGCUCUGCAGUCAACGCUUUGGCCGAAAGAAAACUUUAAACAAUCACAUGAGAGUCCACACAGGACAGAAGCCUUUUGCCUGUGAGCACUGUGGUCAAAGAUUUGGCCGAAAGGCAACUUUAGACAAUCACAUAAGAAUCCACACAGGAGAGAAACCUUUUGCCUGUGAACUCUGCGUGCAAAGAUUUGGCCGUAAAGCAAGUUUAAAUGAUCACAUGAGAGUUCACACAGGACAGAAGCCUUUUGCCUGUGAGCUCUGUGGUCAAAGAUUUAGCCAUAAGGGAACUUUAAAUAGACACAUAAUAGCCCACACACGACAGAAGUCUUUUGCCUGUGAGCGAUGUGGACAAAAAUUUAGCCAUAAGACAUAUUUAAAUAAUCACAUGAAAGUCCACACAGGACACAAUGAACAGGAGCCACAAAGGUGUGGUUCACUGAAAAAACAAUAUUUAUUGAUUAUUUCUGGUAAUAAAUGGUCACAGUUUUUCAUGCAGGGUGACAAUGGCAAUAACCUCCUACACGUAUCUCCUGCAUUAGCUUCUGAUAAAAAUGUUGAAAAUAGACAGUGAAACUCUAGGAUUUGAAAUUCCCCAGAGAUCUACAUCACGCUGAGUUAGCAUUCACAGACUCACCAAUCUUGACUAAAAAGCUUUCCUAGAUACAAAUCUUGCACCCCUGGUUGUUGUCCUUUACCCUACUACCCACCUAAAUCUGUAAAUUAAUCCCACAGAGAAGUGUAAUUUCUCACAGACUGCGUAAAAACGAUCAGCUGUAACUCUGUGUGCCGUUUGCUCCCACCGAACUGGGCUAAAGGGCUUUGGUUCACUCUGUUCCUUCUGCAUGGAGCAGGCUGCAGGAAAACUGGAAAUUAACCGAGGUUAUCUCCUUGACUACAUGUAAAACCAGACUAAGAACCCUUGAGAGGAUUCCCCGAGUUGUAACUGCCUUCUGUAAUUUUGUACAUAACAUGUAACUGUAACUUUGUAACUGUAACUUUUGCUGCCUCUUGGCUAGGACUCCCUUGAAAAUUAGGUUUUUAAUCCCAAAGAGACCUUCCUGGUUAAAUAAAGAGUAAAAUAAAUAAAUAAAUAGAUCAUGGGCCACCUCUUCCUGUCAUGGAAGCCACAUAUUGUUGCCACCAAGCUGUAAAUGUUUCACUAAAUCUGUUUCCAUCAAGAGGCGUCACAGUAUCGUAACACAGUGAUGAGGUGCUGUCCUACGUUUUCACUUUUGGAGUGUUGCAGUGGCGAGAGUUGAGCAUUGCACCUGUACUAUGCUGUUAAAUAGUUUGUAUACUGUAGAAAUAAAUGUCUUACCAGUGGUUUGUACUUUUGGAUGAAUAAAAAAUAAAGUUAUAUAAAUUUAA